CUCUUUUUGACGUUCGUGCUGCGUGGAUGUUGCAGAAAUUGUUUUGUUUUCUCGCAAUAAAUAUAUAAUCAAUUACGAAAUGCGUCCGUUAAUGUUGCAAGGCCACGAGCGUUCCAUAACGCAAAUCAAAUACAAUCGCGAGGGCGACCUGCUCUUCUCCAGCUCCAAGGAUCAAAAACCAAAUGUCUGGUACUCGCUGAACGGAGAACGUCUUGGCACCUACGAUGGACAUCAGGGAGCCGUUUGGUGCUUGGAUGUGGACUGGGAGAGCAGAAAGCUAAUCACCGGCGCUGGUGACAUGACCACCAAAAUCUGGGAUGUAGAAUACGGCACUGUGAUUGCCUCCAUACCCACAAAAUCUUCGGUGCGUACCAGCAAUUUCAGUUUCUCUGGCAACCAGGCAGCUUACUCCACGGACAAGGCGAUGGGUCAGAACUGCGAGCUGUUCAUCAUCGAUGUACGCAAUGCGGAUUCAAGCCUAUCGGAACAAGAGCCCACUCUGCGCAUACCCAUGGUAGAGUCGAAGAUAACAUCCAUGUUGUGGGGACCGCUGGAUGAGACCAUCAUUACCGGCCACGACAAUGGAAACAUUGCCAUUUGGGAUAUACGCAAGGGACAGAAGGUGGUUGACUCUGGCACCGAUCACACAGCCGGAAUCAAUGACAUGCAGCUCAGCAAGGAUGGCACCAUGUUUGUGACCGCUUCCAGAGAUACCACAGCCAAGCUGUUCGAUUCCGAGUCUCUGAUGUGCCUGAAGACGUACAAAACGGAAAGACCAGUGAAUUCGGCUGCGAUUAGUCCCAUACUGGAUCAUGUAGUGCUUGGCGGUGGCCAGGAUGCCAUGGAGGUGACCACAACGUCAACCAAGGCUGGCAAAUUCGAUUCGCGCUUCUUCCAUCUGAUCUACGAGGAGGAGUUUGCACGUCUUAAGGGCCAUUUCGGUCCAAUCAACAGUCUGGCCUUCCAUCCGGAUGGCAAGAGUUACGCCUCCGGUGGUGAAGAUGGUUUCGUGCGUGUCCAGUCCUUUGAUAGUACAUACUUUGAGAACAUUUUCGAGUAGUCCCCAUCAGUAGUAGUUAUUAGUUCCACAUUUUUCGUGAAUGCGCCAUGUACAUGUGCAUAGAAAAUUUUCAAAUAUACGCGAGAACAAGA